AGGCUCUUCUGAGGUAAACCUUUGUCAGAGUUUUGCUUUUGAGUCCGUCUUGUCUAUGUAUGGCCGCACCCCCUCCCCUGUUUUUUUCAUGGUCACCAUGUGUUUGGAAUCUCCUUUUCCAUCCCUUUUCCUUCACUCUCUGUGUGUCCUAUGUGGGCAUCUGUCUCUCUCCGCCAUGUCGCCUGUGAGCUGUGAGCAUCCACACAGGAGAACAGAGAGGGAGACAGUGCGGGUCACUUUGGAGGGACAAGCAGUCUCCAGUUAUGGUAGUCCAAGGCUAGACUGGAAGAAAAGAAUUGGCAUGCAUCUAUGAAUAAUUUAAAAGAUUAAGUAAAAAAAUAGUGUACAAUUAAAUUUGCCCUAGGUGACAGAAAAGUGUACCAUUAUUUUAUGAAAGAAAUACAAAGGGUGGUUGGGUCUGUUGAAGGACAUCAGCUGCGGAAUUUGUGAUUUGGGCUAAGAUUGAAGUCAUGGCUGGUGCAGAAAGUGAUAGCCAAUUCCAGUUCACUGGUAUUAAAAAGUAUCUCAACUCUUACACUCUCACAGGUAGAAUGAAUUGUGUACUGGCCGCAUAUGGAGGCAUUGCUUUGUUGGUUUUAUACUCCAAGUUAAGGUCUAAAAAAAACCCAGCUGUGAAAGCAUCAUAAAUGGAUUUUGAAAUGUCUAACCUCAUCUGUUGUGUCCCAUGCCCGAAGAAGCUGAUGUGAACUCAUCAUGUAAUACUCAAUCUGUACAAUAAAUUAUGAACCUGGAAA